GCCGGGCAGGGCGGAGGCGGCCCCUGCGGCGGCUGGCGGCCUGGGGUCCCGACACCGCCUCCGUCCCACUUUCUGGUUUUAGGAAAUGCUGGUGACACACAUGGAGUCCGUAAUUUCUAAAGCAGUUUCUCACUUGGCAAAAUAAAAGCUCAGCGAUUCGUCGUUACUUUUUUGGAUUGGGGAUCGCACCGGCCUUUGAAAUCCGAGAGUGGCAGGAUCCAUCGGACGCUUGCAUAUCACAGAGGCGCAAAACCAGCCUCAAGGGCAUCCCUGGACCUCAGGGGUCCCAGGCCGGGAUGAGGCGCCCGGCCGGCGUGGGGAUGCCGCUGCCCCCCCCCCCCCCCCCCCCGCCUGCCCCCGGACUUGGCUCGGGACAGCUGCCUGGAGCUGACGCUGGAUGUGACCCGAGAGCGGAGGCUGCAGCCAGGCCGGGCGUGGGGGGCAGCGGUCGCUUCUGGGACCCGGCCGCUUCAUCACCAGCUGAGUGUGCAGAACUUUGAGCUCAUGCAUGCAGCACUCGGAUCUGGGCGAAGUGGCAUCAGAACUCAAAGCUCCCGAGAGACGAGCCGCUGUGGCGACUGCAGAUCUGGAAUGGAGACAAAUGGAAGGAGAGGACUGCGGGUUCCACUACGGAGAUGGUCCGAAUGAGGCUCAGGACAAUGACUUUCCAGCAGCGGAGCGGAGCAGGCUGCAGGAGAUGCUGUCCCUCCUGGGGCUGGAGGCGUACCAGGCGCAGAAGCUCAGCCUGCAGGACUCCCUCCAGAUCAGUUCCGACAGCAUGAAGAACUGGGCCCCGCAGGUGCCCAAGGACCUGCCCUGGCACUUCCUGAGGAAGCUGCAGGCCCUCAACGCCGAGGCCAGGAACACCACCAUGGUGCUCGACCUGCCCGCCGACGCCCGGCCCGCCGAGAAGGAGAGCCAGAUGGAGGAGGGGAUCAUCUACUGGGACCCGGCCGAGGACGCGGCGGCCGACGACAUCUACUCCUUCUCGGAGCUGCCCACGCCCGACACGCCCGUGAACCCCCUGGACCUGCUCUGCGCGCUCCUGCUCUGCUCGGACGGCAGCCUGCAGCAGGAGGUGCUGUUCAAGAUGGCCCUCUGCCAGUUCGCGCUGCCGCUCGUGCUGCCGGACUCGGAGAACCACGACCACACCUUCCUGCUGUGGGCCCUGCGGGGCGUGGUGCGGACGUGGUGGUCCCAGCCCCCGCGGGGCCUCGGCAGCCUCCGGGAGGACAGCGUGGUGCUGCCCAGGGCGCCGGCCUUCGCCUUCGUGCGCAUGGACGUCAGCAGCAACUCCAAGUCCCAGCUGCUGAACGCCAUCCUGAGCCCCGGCCGCCGGCACUGGGACUGCUUCUGGCACCGGGACCUCGGCCUGGGCACCGGCGCCCGGGAGAUCGCCGACGGCCUGGUGGAGAUCUCCUGGUUCUUCCCCAGUGGCAGCGAGGACCUGGACGUCUUCCCGGAGCCCGUGGCCUUUCUCAACCUCCGGGGGGACAUCGGCUCCCACUGGCUGCAGUUCAAGCUGCUGACCGAGGUCUCGUCGGCCGUGUUCAUCCUGACGGACAACGUCAGCAAGAAGGCGUACAAGCUGCUCUACUCCAUGCGGGAGUCCAGCACCAGGUACUACUUCAUCCUGAGCCCCUACCGGGGCAAGCGCAACGCCAACCUGCGCUUCCUCAACAGGCUCAUCCCCGCGCUCAACAUGGACCCGUCGCACGUGCUCGUCAAGGUCAGCAGCACGGACGGCGAGGGCUUCGUGCGCAGGGUCCGCGCCAUCCUGCGCGGCGUGGCGCGCGCCCCCUGCAGGCGGGUGUCGGUGGAGGACAUGGCGCAGGCCGCCCGCAAGCUGGGGCUCCGCGUGGACGAGGACUGCGACGCGUGCCAGAAGGGGAGGGACCGCAUGGAGAGGAUCACCCGGAAGAUCAAGGACGUGGACGCCUACCGGCGGGACGAGCUCAGGCUGCAGGGGGAGCCGGGCAGGAAGGCGGCGCAGGCCGAGCGCGAGCUGUGCCAGCUGCAGUGGGCGCCCGAGCCGCCCGAGAAGCCGCGCGCCGAGCUGCGGCGGCGCGUGCUGGAGCUGCGCGCGCAGCAGAACAGCCUGGAGCCCGCGGCCGGCGUGCAGGAGUUCGUGGCCGGCAUCAGCAGCCCGUGCCCCCGGGAGAGGCAGUACUUCCUGCGCUGGCUCGAGUGGGGGCUGGCCCGGCUGGGUCAGCCGCGGCCCAGGCAGCCCCCGGACGCGCUGCUCGCGCUGCGGCCCAAGCGCGGGGCCUCGGAGCUGGGCGAGCCUCCGCGGCCCGAGCCCCUGGGGGUGGAGCACUUCCUGCGGGAGAUCGGGCAGUGCUACGAGGCCGAGAGCUGCCUGGUGGAGGCUGGGCGGCUGCCCGCCGGCCACCGGCGCUUUGCACACUUCCCCGGCCUGGCCGUGGAGCUGCUGCUGACCGGGCUGCCCCUGGAGCUGGUGGACGGGAGCACGCUCAGCAUCCCUGCGCGCUGGGUCACGGGGCUGCUCAAGGAGCUGCACGCGCGCCUGGACAGGAGGUCGAGGCUGGUGGUGGUGUCCGCCCUGGGGGUGCCGGGCACCGGGAAGUCCACCCUCCUCAACACCAUGUUCGGGCUGCGCUUUGCCACGGGCAGGAGCUGCAGCCCACGGGGCGCCUUCAUGCAGCUCCUGACGGUGGCCGAGGGCUUCAGCCAGGACCUGGGCUGCGACCACAUCCUGGCCAUAGACUCAGGGGCACUGAUCGGCGGGGCCCCGGCCUCAGCCGGGGACAGGUUUGAGCUCGAGGCCUCCUUGGCCACUCUGCUCAUGGGGCUGAGCAACGUGACCGUGGUCAGUCUGGCCGAGACGAAGGACAUCCCGGCCGCCGUCCUGCACGCCUUCCUGAGGUUGGAGAAGACAGGCCACGUGCCCAACUGCCAGUUCGUAUACCAGAACCUUCACGACCUGCCCGCCUCCAGCCCCAAGCCCCGAGACCGGAGGCCGCUGCUGGAGGCGCCCGGCGAGCUGGGCAGGGCCGCCGCCCAGAUGGAGAAGCAGGGCGGCGGCUUCCGCGUGCUGGCCGGCCUGGCCUUCUGUGACCCCGAGCGGCAGCACGUCUGGCACAUCCCCAGCCUGUGGCACGGGGUGCCACCCAUGGCCGCCGUGAGCCUGGCCUACAGCGAGGCCAUCUUCGAACUGAAGAGGUGCCUCCUGGAAAACGUCAGGAAUGGCCUCUCCAACCAGAACAAGAACAUCCAGCAGCUCAUCGAGCUGGUGCGGCGGCUCUGAGCGGGCGGGCGGGCGGGCGCUCCGGACAGCGGACAGCGGACAGCGGACAGUGUCAGCGAGGGAAGGGAGGCAGCUCACAGACCACUCGGCGAUGUUCCUGCUGACGGCCGAGGCCGCCAGGCUCCCGCGGGGCCAGCCCUUCAUCGCCCCGGAGCGGGGAGCGGCGGCCUCAGCAGGCAGGGACCCCCAGCACAGGGUGGGGGUUGUCCUGGGGGAGCAGAGGCUGCCCCUGUAGGCAGCAUCAGAGGGGACCUGCCAGGGGGGCCCAGCGCCCGGUCGCACCUCGCCUGCACCCUUGAGCGGGUCAUCAUUCGUGUGCGCUGUCUGCCCCAAAGCCAUGAGCUCCUGGGAGGCGGGAACCAAACGUCACCCAGUUCCUGUCCCCAGGCCUUGCACACUGUAGGCGCUUAAUAAAUGUUUGUUGAACGAA